AUGUAUGCCGUCGUCAUUUCCGUUUCUUUCCUCUCCUUUCUUGUCUACUACUUUGUAAUUAGCCCGGUAUGGCUCUACCUCCGAGAUCCCAAGGGCUUCCGUAAGUACCCUGCUAUGAAUGCCUUGGCUGGUAUCACCGACCUGGGCUUCAUGUAUGAAGCGACAAAAGGCUUCAGGACGAAGCGUCUUACGGAGCUGCACAAGAAGUAUCCUGUAGUUCGGAUAGGGCCUAACUCUCUCUCUUUCUCUGGUGUCCAAGCCAUCAAGGACAUCUACGGCCAUGGAACACCCUGCACCAAAGAUCACUUCUACGUCGUGACAGGAGGAUCCCACACCCACCUCGCCGACGUCGUGAACAAAGCCGACCACGCCCGCAAGCGCCGAGUCCUCUCCUCAGCCUACGCCAUCAAGAACCUCGAAGAUUGGGAAUACAAGGUGGCCGACAAGACGGAGCGCUUCAUCAAGGCCUGCGACGCCGCCUGUACUCUUCCUCCCAAGACAUCUGCAGACCCCCAGCCAGACGAGCUUACCUUUGACUAUCGAAAGUGGACCAACUUUUUCACUGUUGAAGCUAUUGCGGACAUUGGUCUCACGGAGAAGCUUGGCUUUUUGGAUAAUGGGUCUGCUGAUUGUACGGCUGAGAAGAGAGAUGGCACGUUGUAUACUGCCAACUUUGUCGAAAGUCUUCACAACACGGCCAUUGCACAGUCCCGUCUUGUUUGGGGCUACUCCUGGUACAAGACCAACGAGUACCUCGCACGUCUUCUGUCAAAGGACUUUCGCCGCAUGCUCCGUCUUGGGGAUCAGUUUGACGACAUCGUGUACCACCGUGCGACGAAGCGGUUGGCUCGGUACCGUGCUGGCGAGAAGCUCGAUGACUUCUUUCAGGCUUUGAUGGAGGAUAAGAAUGGGCGUCAAAACAACCAGGAAUGGGGCGAGAUUGUUGCCGAGGUAUCUAUCAUGAUGAACGCCGGCUCCGACACAACGGCUAUCGCCAUGAACAACGCCAUGUACCACCUCCUCAAGCACCCAGACGCUCUCAAGAAGCUGCAAGAAGAGGUUGACUCCGCCCUUGACGAGGAUGAAGAGGUCGCGCCGUUUGCCAAGGUAAAGCAUCUCCCUUACCUCCGCGCCGUCAUCGACGAGACCCUUCGAAUUACACCCUCGGUCACAUUCAACCUCCCCCGACGUACACCCCAAGGUGGCUGUGCUAUUGGCGACGAAUUCAUCCCCGGCGAAACAUCAGUCAGCAUCUCAGCCUGGACAGCCCACCGUGACGAAGAAGUGUUCCCCGAGCCUGAAGAGUUUCGACCUGAACGAUGGCUCGGUGAGGGUGCCCAGGAACUUCAACGCGGGUUCAUUGCGUUUAGCACGGGCGCACGAGGGUGUAUUGGAAGAAACAUUUCGUACCUUGAGCAGACUGUUUUGCUUGCUUCUGUUGUUCAUAGAUAUGGUAUGGCAUUGCCGAGUAAGGAGUGGACGCCGGAGCUUGAUGAGGGGACGAAUUUGUUGGUCAAGGAGAUGCCGGUCAAGGUUUGGAGGAGGGUUUAG